GUUCUCUGCGGGGGAUUCUCGCGGAAGCCUCCCGGCUGAAGAGGCGGUCGCGAGGGAAGCGGGCACGACCCUCCGCCGUCCCUCGGGCAAGGAGCCGCCCCAGAAGGAGCCAGGCUCCCUGAGGGUGCUGCGGCGAAUGAGCGGAGGGCUCCGCGACGGAAAGGCCGUCUCCUGGGCGCCUGUGGGCGGGGCUAACCUCGGCUCCGCCCCCGCGGCCUACGGUGGUGCAAAAGGCUCAGUCCCUCGCAAGCAUGCGUCUAAAUCGACGGUGCGGCCUCCUUUGGACUAGUACUGUGUGCAGUUCUGGUACAAAGACAUUCUAGCAUUGGAAAAAGUAUAGAGAAGGACAACCAGGAGGACUGGGACACUUUCCCUAGGAAGAAAGGCCGAUGCUUUGAAGACAGGCACCUACAGAAGGCCCAGCUUGGCACACGCUGCCCCCAUUGCAGCCCCCCCCAGGGCCGAGGGACCUUCGGAUCAGAAUGAAGGCCGUCUUGUGUGCUCCCCAGCGGAUGCUGCAGCUCACCUUGGCCAUUGUCAAGCCUGACGCUAUGGCCCACCCCCUCAUCCUGCAGGCUGUGCACGAGACCAUUCUGAGCAACAGGUUCCUGAUUGUCCGGUGCAGGGACGUGGUGUGGAGCAGGCAGGACAGCCAGCAGUUCUACCAGGAGCACAGAGGGCGCUUUUUCUACCAGAGGCUGGUGGAGUUCAUGGCCAGUGGCCCGAUGCGGGCCUACAUCCUGGCCCACGAGGAAGCCAUCCCGUUCUGGAGGUCUCUGAUGGGCCCCACCAAAGUGUUCCGCGCCCAGCACACGGAUCCGGACUCCAUCCGCGGGACCUACGGCCUCACAGACACUCGGAAUUCGGUGCAUGGGUCAGACUCAGCAGCUUCGGCCAGAAGGGAGAUGGCCGCCUUCUUCCCGGACUUCUGUGAGGAGGACUGGUACCAGCACGAGGAGCCGCGCCUGCGCAGCGGGGCGGUCUGCUACGACGCUGAGGCUGCCAUUCACCGCGUGCCCAGAGACGGAUGGACGGAGAGGGAUUAAAGGCAUCCGAGGGGAUGGGAGUCAGUGGGGCAGGAUCCCCAAACCCAAAGUUUGCUUCUACAGGUUCAGGUCACCCACCAGGCAUAGCAGGCGACCACUGAAAUCCAUUUUGUGCUGAUUUAUGUUGGGUCAGCACACGGCUAUUUGGAGGCCUGCGAGGACAGAGUUCUGGACCCACCUCCUGACGCCGGAGCUGCUCGUCUGUCCGUGCCGGAUCAGGGUCUUCCGUUCAUGGCCUUUGCGGGGAGCCCGGCCGUCCCAGCGUUGCUUUCACUGUGGGGCAGCGUUUGCGCAGUCAGAAUGUAAUUUGGGAGUGACGGGACUUUUGAUGUACAGAGACUCACAGCUUUGAAGGAGAAACCGGAGCUUCCUUCCGAAGGAUAUUCUUUGCACUGUGUCUGGGCAGAGAUUGCCAAAGAAAAACGAAUAAAGCCAAUCUCUCCA